AUGGACCAUAUAGAAAGUGCCCCAGGCUCUCAAAAUGCCUCCAUAGAGAUUCCUUGCUUGAGUCACGAACCCUAUGAUGGGGAAGAUUUCCCAAAAUAUCCAGAGCGCGCGGGCUGGGACAUCGAUCGGCUUCUCGCUGGAGACUUCUCACAACACCCCGCGGAGCCCACUGGUGCAUUCUUGCAAAACUGGCUCUAUUUCGGUGUUCUUUGGGAAGUAUUCGGUCCCAUCACUCGGGGAGCCAAGAAUAAUUAUGUCAUGCCGCAAGAAGGCACAAUGUACGGAAUAAUCACCAUCGCUGCUCUCAACGUUCAGAUCAUACAGCUCCUCUCGUCGAUCACGUCAAUGAUGCAAGCCGGAGAUGUCAUCCCCGCGCAGAUGAUCGCUCAUCGAAUCAUUACAUGUCUCACGACUGUAUCUCGAUUUUGUCGUCUCGCGACAUGCGCGGGUGACCCACGUCCAGGAUUCAAGAUUUGGCCGUUGUCUCCCGAAAUUGACCUAUCUAUCAGGGCGCUGGGCCAUCGCCUAGCUUGGAAUUUUCCGGUCGGGGCGCUCGACAUGGCUAUGAGUUCUUCGACUGGCGGAUUGCAAUUUCCUUGUGCGUGGUUUCCACAGGCACGCAUGAAACAGAUGGGAUGGUGUCCAAGCGAGAUCGCUAUGGUGGAAAAGACAUUUACGUCCGCGUCCGCGUACUAUGCGUCUCAGAUGGAAAGACCGCCGUCGGCGGUACAGAGAGACCAUGGCAAGUGUACCGGUAAACUCUGUUUUGCGCGACAAAUCAACGAAGCGACGUAUCGGACUGCACACACAACAGCGGAGUGUGACUGUCAGCACCUAGGCCCGUCGAUCGAUGAAGUGGUGUCCAUUAUUGCAUCUGGAGGCGUCCCACUGAUGUCCAUUACACCAAUGAAGAAGGAGCCAUAUCUCAAAGUAGAGGUACAAAAGUACUCCGGAACAAAACGCUAUGUCGCCUUGUCUCAUGUCUGGUCCGACGGAAUGGGAAAUCCGACAGCGAAUACACUACCGAUGUGCCAAAUGCUCCGCAUUCGGGCCUUGCUCGACGAACUACUGUCCGGAAUCAGCUAUGCCGACCUGGUCAACAGAUUAGCUUUCGGAGACCUUUUCAAAAAGAAAUUCCAAGGGUCCUCCAUCUCAUUCUGGAUGGACACGCUGUGUAUCCCCGUCGCUCCAGAACACAAAGAGCUACGCUCAAAGUCAAUCAAAGGGAUGAAAGCUGUGUACGAACGAGCGUUCCGCGUGCUAGUCUUGGUUUCCGAUAUCCAGCAAUGUUCCAUGAAGGACUAUACGCAGUCAUUCAUGCGAAUCCAAAUGUCCGCAUGGAUGCGCCGACUCUGGACGUUAAAUGAAGGCGUCCUGGCGAAUCGGCUGUGCGUCAAAUACGCGGAUGGCAUUCUGGACGUUCAAGUUGCUUCAGAGGAGUAUCAAGAAAAGGUGAAAAACUCCGGGAUGGCAAACUAUAUGGACUCGUAUGGAACACCUAUGCGUGAUGCCGAUAGUUUCGGUUGGAAAUUCCGUCUGUUGCGAAGGAAUGUUCUCCGGGAUCCAGAUCCAAGACUAGUCCAUUCUGAUAGGUAUUCAGAUAAAGAGAUUGCUUCGCCGGAGCAAAAGCGGUGUUAUGCGAUUAUGGAGGCUUUCAGUGCGUCCUUGCAUCGGACGACCACUAAAGUGGCGGACGAGAUGCUCUGCUUUGCCAGUCUAAUUGGAUGGGAUACGUCUUUGUUGAAGGGUAUCCCGUUCGAAGACCACUUGCAUGUGUUUCUGUCGACGGAAUCUCAACUCCCGCAGGGAAUGCUGUUUCUCGCUGGGCCGAGGAUGCGGCAGCCAGGUUGGCGAUGGGCUGUUAAUCGGUUCGGGGAUAAUGGUGCCAUACGGCUGAAUGCUAAAUUCGACGACAUGACUCCUGGGAUUGUCAGUGAGAAUGGAUUUAUCGUGGAAUUCCCGGGGCUUGUUUUGCCGGGGGGACUGUACCAGGGAGCAGACUCAAAAGUUGUUUGUGGUUGCUGA